GAUCUCGAGACGCGCGAAGCAGAAGCGUGAGGGAGCUCGGGGCCAUCGAUCGUCCACUGGAGCAGCAGCAGCAGCAGCAGGAUCGAUCAGUCUCCGAUUGCGAGCUUUCUCCAAUCCGAGGGUUUGCGGUUUUUGCCCCCUGAUUCCGUCGAGUUUAGCGAAGACCGUCGUGAAAAUAAACUUGCGGCUUCACUGAUCCGGUCAAUUGGUAUCGGAGUUUGGCGUCGCGGGAGGGGAUUGGGGUCAGUAAGAGAAGAUGGUGGAAGCGGGGGAUACCGAUAAGAACAUUGAGAUAUGGAAGAUCAAGAAGCUGAUCAAGGCGUUGGAAUCGGCCAGAGGAAACGGGACGAGCAUGAUUUCACUGAUCAUGCCUCCUCGCGAUCAAGUGGCUCGUGUGGCAAAGAUGCUGGGUGACGAGUUUGGAACGGCUUCCAACAUCAAGAACAGGGUCAAUCGGCAGUCAGUGCUGGGCGCCAUAACCUCAGCCCAGCAGAGGUUGAAGCUGUACAACAAGGUGCCCACGAACGGACUCGUUCUGUACACGGGAACCAUCGUCACAGAUGAUGGCAAAGAGAAGAAGGUGACCAUCGACUUCGAGCCUUUCAAGCCCAUCAAUGCGUCGCUCUACCUGUGCGAUAACAAGUUCCACACAGAAGCCCUGAACGAGUUGCUCGAUUCGGACGACAAAUUUGGGUUCAUCGUGAUGGACGGAAAUGGGACGCUUUUUGGGACCUUGAGUGGAAAUACGCGCGAGGUGCUGCACAAGUUCACGGUGGAUCUGCCCAAGAAACACGGGCGAGGAGGUCAGUCCGCUCUGCGGUUCGCGAGGUUGCGCAUGGAGAAGCGGCACAAUUACGUGAGGAAAACCGCCGAGCUCGCCACUCAAUUCUACGUGAAUCCUGCGACAAGUCAGCCGAAUGUGUCGGGGCUCAUUCUGGCCGGGUCAGCCGAUUUCAAGACCGAGCUCAGUCAGUCCGACAUGUUCGAUCAACGCCUGCAGAGCAAAGUUCUGAACGUGGUCGAUGUUUCGUACGGCGGAGAGAAUGGCUUCAAUCAGGCCAUUGAGCUCUCUGCCGAGAUUUUGGCCAAUGUCAAGUUCAUUCAGGAAAAGCGUUUGAUCGGGAAGUAUUUUGAGGAGAUCAGUCUCGACACGGGAAAGUACGUUUUUGGAAUCGACGACACCCUCAAGGCACUGGAAUUGGGUGCCGUGGAGAUCCUGAUCGUGUGGGAGAAUUUGGAGGUGAAUCGGUACUUGUUGAAGAACUCUGUCACGGGAGAACUCGUCAUCAAACACUUGCAGAAGGAAGGCGAAGCCGAUUUAUCCAACUUCCGAGACGUAGCCACCAACGCCGAUCUCGAGGUGGUGGAGAAGCUGUCUCUGCUGGAAUGGUUCGCUAACGAAUACAGGCGAUUUGGAUGCACCUUGGAAUUCGUCACGAACAAGUCUCAGGAAGGAUCGCAAUUCUGCCGAGGGUUUGGUGGAAUAGGAGGCAUUCUGCGCUACCAGCUCGACAUGCGCACGUUCGAUGAACUUUCCGAUGAAGAGCUCAAUUUCGAUUCAGACGAAUGACGGCAGGCCAACUUGUCUCUCAAUCUUCGUUCGAGCUCUCACGCUGCUUCCACUGAUCGGAAUGAAGCCCACCCUCGAGCCCUAUCAGACGACACUGACCGCAGCCUGGAAUCGAUGAAAACAACAACGCACGAAGACGGGUCGGUGUCCGGAGCUUCGGCUUAUCCGGAAGUUGCCAACUCCGCCACGAGAUUCGAGGAUGAAAGUGGGCCAGUCAAGUCUCAGUUGCAGUACGGGAAAAAUCUGCAGGACAAAGCUCGUGAGAGAAACGAACGAAGAUCACACUUGGGAACCGAAGUCCUCGUUCCCAAGUUGUUGAAUGCUCGCAAGGCGACUCUGCUGAGUGUUCAAGGAAAUUAAUCACACAGGGUUACACACCUUGGCGUUCCACCUUUGAGGUUAGAAUGCCGAAGAUAAUGAUCGGGGAGCUUGAAACAACGGUGCGUUCUUAAGAAGCCGAUUUGCUGGUGCAUCUUGCUGGGCAGAUGCAUUCGCCACAAGGCUUCUAAAUUCCAGUUCUCAUUGAAAGCUGUCCACAUUGAAUUGAACCUUCACCUGGGCAGGUGGUGGAUCACGUUGUGGAGCUAGAAUUUGUCAUUGGAUCUUAUCACAUGAAGCUAACUACAUGGGGACACAACAGUUUUCUGUGUGCAGUGAAAGAGCUUAGCAAGUGUUGGAACAGAUUCUGUUCGUUGAGAUGAGAACGUUUGCUCGGAAGCUGGUCCAUCUAAUGUGGACCUAAUAAGGCUUAUAAUGGACAGUGACAUCUUCUACCAUGGAUGGGAUUCCCUGCAUACCCUGGUUAUGAGCUUCAGGUGCUCUCGGAAAGAAAGAAAUGACGAGGGGACCAUUGGAGCCUUAACCAGUUGGGUAAAGUGAGAUAAGAGAGAUACCGAUAUAAGGUAUCAGUAAUGGUAAAGUAAAACUGUAUCUGCAAGCCAGCUUUUAGAUUUUUAAUCAGUUAUACACACACUUACGUAGUAAUCCUCUUGGAUUAAGCCCCAAUAAAAUGCAUGAGUGACAAUAGAGUAUCAAUUGAACUUAACUCAUUGCAACCCUGAAAGCCGCCCUUUGUCUUUUGCUACUAAAAUCCAGUUUGCUUACUGUUGCUCUCUGCAGCAGAAUGCUGGGAGUUCUUCUAAAUCACGAUGCGGGAAACCACUGUCUUCAUUUCAAGCUUCUUCCAUAUGCCUUAUUCAUGAACGUUUUUGUUGGCAAAAUCUAAGGUUCAUUGAACAACGAUGUCUCAUCUUUCUGCGUAUAUAAUCGAUAUUUGGCAUUCAAGAGU